UCGGUGUGAUUAUACACCGUUCCGCGUUGAAUGGCGGCGGCCGCCUUUAUCCCGUGCGCCCGACCCGACUGCGCCGCACACGCCCGCACGCCGGUCCGCUCUUACGCGCACGUGGACGCAGGCAAGGCCUCUCCGUCGCACGAGUCGUUUUCGACCGUUUCUUCCGGCCGACCGCGUGACGUCCGUUAACCGCGCGGCACCGCCGUCGAACGGAUUUCGUCGUUUUCAUUUUAUUUUAUUUUCAUUUUUUUCACAACAUUUUCCCGCCGCGACGAGAAUUAAUAAUAAUCAUAUGACCGUGUGAUGUGCCGACAGCAAUAAUUGUACCGCGAAAAUACCGCCGUCGGUACGCCGUUAGUUUUUCCGGUGUCGAGUUCGGACGCGUGUUCGUUUCCCGUUCCCCGUCGGCCACGGCCCGCCCGUCAGCGCGCGAGUUUUCAAUAUUUAUAUAUUUUUUCUUUUUAUACGUUUUUUCUACGUUUCAUUUUCCCCUCCUCAGCCGCUUCGCCCGCCACCACCGUUUUUUCGUUUUAUAUUUUUUAUAAUAUAAUUUUUCAAUAAGCACGGGACGUCUGCGGAAAAACACGGGUUAUUGAUUGGGCCGCGAGCGGAGUUUUUGUUUUCUCUCGCCGUUCGUGGCGCGCGCGCUUCCCGCUACCGCCACCGACGACGACGACGACGACUACGACGACGACGACGACGACUACGACUACGACGACGGCGACGAGUGUUUUUCCGCGAACUCUUUUCAACCACUCCUCGGCGCGUCCCGUCACCCGGGUCACGAUCGUCGCGCGCCUUACCGCCGCCGCCGCCGCUGACCGGUCGCACUAUCGCUGGUGCUCACUGUGCGCCGCGCGACAUGCACCGCCGUGCGUGUGCAACCGAUGCAGCAACCGAGAAAAUGAUGAAAAAUAUACAAAUAAGACUUAAAAGUUCAUAUUGCAACUGCUGCGUACAAGGAAAAGAUAAAAUUCUCCCAUCAAAAUAAAAUGACCGCAAAGGAGUGUUUCGAGUUCAACACAACCAUGAUCAAACCUAAAUCUAAACACACCAUAAGGCACAUCUUGGAAUUACCAUCCGGAUCGCCGCCAUCCAAACGUCCUGCGGCCAAACCUCCGGAUGCCCCUUGGAUGAAGCGAAGAAAACUAAUACUGCCACCAGUUAACAAACAGAAAUACUUGGAACCUUCACCUUGGUUACAGACCAAUUUUCCGUUUAAGGCGUUUCAGCACAAACUCGCCACUGACACUGCUGGUCCAGAAGACCUGUCAGUGCGGCGGGUAAAAUAUACUCAAACAAUGAGCAAAGAAGAAAAACUCCCAUCCAAUGGCGUGGGGUAUGCAGCCCAUCAGGUCGACGGACAAAUGUUAACGUCGAAACGUAAGUCGACGGGGGACGGAGUGGUGGCGUGCAACAAAACGCAGACCCCGGUGGAUGAGACGUUCGCGCACAAGAAAAGAAGACGAGCGCUGAAACAGAUGCAGGAGAUGGCCGCGGACAAAGAAAAAGGAUUGUCCGAACAGCAACAGCAAGACAGCGGAAACAACAGCAGUACGCAACAGAAAACGAUGAUGUUGCCGAAAAAACGGCCGCUGGUCGGUCAACCGGUGGUUGGCACGGCCGCGGUGGUCGCGGCCACGGCACAACAGUUGGCCGCGGUCGUUGCCGUGCCGAAGAAACAAGCAAAGGCCAGUGGUGACGAGGCGGUGGACGACGAGACGCUGAUACGCGAGACGGAAGCAGCACUGAAGAGUCUGUCGGGCGGAUGGCCGGGCCCGCGACACUCGUUCUACCGGACAGGGCAUCACGACGACGACCGGUACGAGUCACCCGCGUUCGUCAACCUGUUCGACGAAAAGAAAAACGGCGGCGGCGUGCACCCUCCGCCACCACCACAAACCGCCAAAGUGGACGAGAACAAGAACACGUUCGACUCGAGAACGCCGCCAACCGCUCCAUCACUACAGCAGCCACCGCAACAACAGCGCCGGGACAUCGACAAUUUGCUCAACAAGAUGGACCAUCAGAAGGACUGCAGCGAAAAUAACAAGAAACCCGACAAAUACACACCGUCGAAAUACGAGCCGGACUUCAACGAACUGGUGGACGACUCGUCCGACGAGCUCGAAAUUGACAUGUCGGCCGACGGCAGUAACGGCGCGGGUGGUGUCGGCGACAAGGAAGACGAUGACGGGCCGACGACGGGGGACCGGCUCCGGCGCAAAUUGGACGUGGACCGGCGGAACAACAACAGUCACAUGCGCGCGGACGAGAUGACCGGGCUAAAACACGAGUCCGAUUCCACGUCGUACGACGCGUACCUGAUGGACAAGACGGCGUUCUCCGCGUUCCGGCCGGUCUCCGGCUGUGAAUCCAAGGAUCCCACGCGGCUCGAUUUGCCCACCGCCGUUGGAGCUGCCAUGUCCCCGCUGGGUCCCUACCCACCGGCCGGUGCCACGUUCGUGGUCGGCUAUACCGGUCCCGCAGGGCUGGUGACCAACGGCGGAGGACCUCACGGUUCGCCGGCGGCCAAACUGUCACCGGGCGGUGGCAACAUGAGCGGCGUUGUCGGCAACGUCUGCAUACCGGUCACCACUGUGAAACCGGUGUGCGUCAAGAUGGAGGACGACGGUGGCGCGGUGGACUGCAAGCCGGACGGACCGGUGAAAAUGGACGCGGCCAGCCCACUCUCCAAACAGUAUACGAUUCUCCAGCCAGCCGGAGCCGACUCCAGAGCGGCCACCGCUCUUCAGGACGUGGCCAGGGAAGGCGUGCUCGGCGCGUCCGUGGUCAGCGGCGCGGCGGCGGCCGGCAGUCUGUCGCCCAGGACUGCGGCCGGCACGCCGAAACUCAACGUCAUGGACGGCGGCCAGCUGAUGCCUCCCGGAUGCAUGAACAACAAAGAUGGAAAUAAAUGUCCCACGCCGGGGUGUACCGGUCAAGGCCACAUCACAGGAUUGUAUUCGCAUCACAGAAGCUUAUCGGGAUGUCCUCGUAAGGAUAAAGUGACGCCAGAAAUUCUGGCCUUGCACGAAACAAUCCUAAAGUGUCCCACUCCCGGAUGUAACGGCAGGGGACACGUGAACUCGAACCGAAACACGCAUAGGAGCCUGUCGGGCUGUCCAAUAGCGGCGGCCAACAAACAGGCGUUGCGAGAACGGCAAAAAAAACUGUCUCAACAGCACAUCGCCUCGCUAACAGUGUGCAACAGCGGCAACGGCGUAGCACUCGAACAACAGUACAAACUUAGCAUGGGCAGCAUGAAGGACCCGUCUUACCAGCAGAUGCAAACCACUGGCGGCGGCCACUACGGUGACCACUGCGACGGUAGUGGUCCGAACGGCCGGUCGCCCGAAUAUUUGUCGGCCGCGUCGUACUACGGCGGCACGACCGCGGUGGUCGGCGCUAAGGCUACGGUUAAACCGGUGAAGAUGAUUCGCAAGGACGACGUCGGUGGUGGCGUGGUCGACAUGGAAGACGAAAAACCGGACCCGAAACAGCUGCACCUGAAAACCGAAAUGGGAUGCUGCGGCAGUGACGGCCCCACGCCUGGGCCGCAGGAUGACGCCAUGACAAUCAAGUCGGAAAUGCAUUCGACCGGUUCGUGUCGCUCAGUAACACCUCCGUGCAGUCGGCACACUCCUAUGACUAUGUCGUCGUCGUACGACCACUGCCACGAUUCCAAUUCUUCGUCCAUGUCCGGCAGCAUGGACGCUAUUAACCAUCACCAACAACAGCAUCAGCAACAACAACAACAACAACAACAACAACAGCAACAACAACAACAAAUACAACAACACAGCAACGGUGGAAUGUCAGCUCCGUCACCGCUUCAACAACAACAACAACUUAGCUCUUCCGGGUCAUACAUGAUGUUGGAUAACAACUCUAGACUACAACACAGGCCGUACGAGCCGCAGCAGAUUAACGGCAGUGGACAACAACAACAACAACAACAACAACAACAACAACAAGACAUGUACAACAGGUCGGCGGCUGCUGCCGCGACGGCCGCUUCGGUGGCUGUUGACCGAAACUACGUGCUAACCAACAUUAACCGGCCGUCACCGUCGUAUUCCACGGAAGUGCCAACCCGAUCUUCGUACGACCAUGUUCGGCCACCGUCAUACCCGAACCCGCUAAAUGCAGCCGUGGCCGCUGCCGCUGCAGCAUACGCCGACCGUUACGAGUCCGACCAGUCGUGCCAACGAUACUCUUCCGAGUACGGCGACUCAGCCGUGUACCAACCGCAUCAGAUGAUCAUGAAGCCCGAACAUCCCGUGCAAAUGGACAACGCCAUCGAACCACCUCUCUAUCCCAGGCCGCUGUACCAAUACGAAGGAACUAAUCCUCCGCCCACAUCUGCCGGCCCGGUAGUUCAAUCGGGUUUUCCCACAGCAGCAGCGAUCAAUCUGUCGGUGAAGUGCAUCGCUGCUGCGAGUACCGGGAUGAAGCCACUUCCGCUACCGCUGCCGCUACCACUCACCCGGUCACCAGGCACCAUGUCAGUCAUGGACCUGUCCACGUCCAGCGUCACUUCGACAAGUCCACAGACUGUCACGUAUUCAAACAGCCUGAGCCCGCACCAUUACGCAGGAGCCGCUGGACAUCGCACCAGCCCGAAUACUUCAACAUCCAGUCCGCAGGUCAAUCAGGUGCCAAGUCCUCAAGGCCAGACUUUAGAUCUAAGCGUCAACAGGGCACCUGGCAGACUUGUGUUUCCUGGCGGGCCGCCUAAUGGAUACAGCAGGGAGUCGACACCCGAGAGCGGAGGUUCUCAUUACAUGGACCAUUACAGGGACGUCAACGGGUACACGUCUCUGAGCCCUCAUCCCGGAUACCCGAUGCCGGAGUAUGCAAAUGGUUACUCGACCCCGUACAGCACAUCAGCUUACUCGUGUGGCUAUUCAACCGGCACCUAUCAGCAAGGUGCUCCGCCAAACGGGUUCUCGCAAAACCCGUGUUACAGCAUGCCGCCACCUCAGCAAGACAAACUUUCGGUCUCGUCCAAAGACGACAGCAUUUCUGUUUGUGCAAGAAGUGAUCGUUCUUCAUCACAACCAGGAAUAUCUUCAACACAUUCACAAGAGCUUAAAUGCCCAACACCAGGCUGUGAUGGAUCUGGUCAUGUAACAGGAAAUUAUUCUUCUCAUCGAUCCUUAUCUGGAUGUCCUCGAGCAAAUAAGCCAAAAAGUAAACCACGAGAUGGUCAAGAUUCUGAACCACUUAGAUGCCCUAUACCUGGAUGUGACGGUUCUGGACACGCUACUGGUAAAUUUCUAUCGCAUAGAAGUGCAUCUGGCUGUCCAAUUGCAAACCGUAACAAGAUGCGUGUUCUUGAAAGUGGAGGAACUGUUGAACAACAUAAAGCUAAUAUAGCUAAACUGCAACAACAACAACAUCAUCACCAGCAAUCUGAACAAACUGUCUGUGAACCAUCACACCUAAAUCCCAGUCCAUUUCUUCAUCGAGGUGCACCAACCCUUAGUGUUUGUCAUCCUUCUGCGUCAAAUUUAGCAUCCGGCAAGAAACCAAUUCCAUCAAAUGCCGCUGAUUCAUUAUAUCAUCACAUGUACGGCUCGAAACAACUUCAUAAUGAUUGUAAUAUGGGGAACGGUGGUGAAGAUCUCUUUACUUUGGAUGCUGAAAUAACAGAAUUGCAGCGAGAAAAUGCACGCGUCGAAUCCCAAAUGUUGAGAUUGAAGACUGACAUCAAUGCUAUGGAGGCUCAUCUUCGACACGGGGAUAAGGAAACACAAAUCUUAUCUCAACGACAAAGUUCCCAUUUGAAUGGGUACUAUGAAAACCUAAGGAACAAUAUGAUGACAUUUUUGGAACAAGUUCGAUGUCCUGAUGGACAAUCAGGUUCCGAAAAGACUCAAGAACACUUUGACAGUUAUCUGACCAAGUUACAGACCUUGUGCAAUAAUCCAAAUUCCGAAUAUGUAGGCUAUAAUCAUUUGAGUUCAUCAACUUCAGAUGAUAACCGUCCCCUUUAUGAAACAGUUAAAUCAACUAUACAAGACUAUAAUGUGUUACCGCCAACAGUUAUGUAGAAUGAAGCCUAUAAUUACUAUAAUUGGUAGUUGGUCUAAAAACUUUCAAAUAUUAAGUAACAUUAAUAAUUAUUAUUAUAUUGUUA